CACAGUCUGUUGAUUUCCGCUAGCUUUCCUCCACUGACUCGGGUCAGGCGCAGCUCGGCUCGGCUCACAUCGAGAACCUCCAAACAAACUGAAAUAAACUUCCUGCUCUCGGGUUUGUGGAGCGACGCGUUUCUCUGCGGACUACCGCCUUUUACCGGACACCAGCAGGAUUUAGAAGAAUGGAAAAGCAGGAGAGGAGAAUUCGCCCUCAGUGAGAGGAAGAGGAGGAGGAGGAGGUUCGUGAUGGAGCGAGCUCACAGCCUCCUGCUGAACGAGGAGGUGUGCAGUCAGCUGGGUGAACAUCAGAGGGUCGAGUUUAUCUUUGAAUGGCUGAACCACCUGAAGAAGCUCCUUCCCGCCACCGACAGGGCCCACGUCAAACAGAACCAGCGGCGUCUCGUCGAGCAGCUGUCGGCCGUUCUGAUUGGCUCCCCCGGCCCGCCGACCCGCUGGCUGCUGGCCCACUGCUUGGCCCUGCUCUACCGCCUGGGAGACCCGGUUCCUUCUAGCCUAUUGGUGGACAGGUGCAAUGACAUCAUCCGCAGCAAAGACGACUCCCCGUCAGGCCUCCCGACCCGUCUGGCGGCCAUCGCGUGCCUCGGCGCUCUGUUUGAGCAGCUCGGUCGGAUGCUCGCCGGCUCCUUCAAAGACACACUGGCCAACCUGCUGAAGGCCAUGAAGAGCGCCGAGUCUCAGGGUCGGUACGAGAUCAUGUUGAGCCUGGAGAAGAUCCUUCAAGGUUUGGGCGUCAGCGCCGUGCCGGGUCACCGUGACGUCUACAAGGCGGCGAGGACGUGCCUGACGGACCGAUCAAUGGCCGUACGCUGCGCUGCCGCCAAGUGUCUGCUGGAGCUGCAGCGGGAGGCGGUGUUCCUGUGGACCAGCGAGCUGGAGAACGUGGCCACUCUGUGCUUCAGAGCCUUUGAAGGGUCCAACUACAACGUCAGAGUGUCUGUCGCCAAACUGCUGGGAACGCUGCUGGCCGCUGCCGUGGAGCCCCGACAGCCCACUGCAGCCCCCAGACAGGGGGGGCGUGGCCGGAGUUCCCUGGAGGAGGUGAUGGAUUUGCUGUCCGGGGGGUUCCUGCGGGGCGGGGCCGGGUUCCUCCGAGCCAGCGGAGACAUGCUGAAGGGGACUAGCUCCGUUGGCAAGGACGUCCGAAUCGGAGUCACACAGGCAUGCGUGGUCUUCGUCUCCACCCUGGGCGGCUCCUGGUUGGAGGCAAACUUCCCCGCCUUCCUGUCCCUGCUGAUGGAGCUGGCGUCCCACGGCCGGGCCACGCAGACGCCGGGCGAUGCCGUGGUGACCCGCCGCUGCGUCUCCUUCAUCCUGAGGAGCACCCUGGGGUCUCUGCUGGGAGAGAAGGCUCAGACCAACGCCGCCAAGCAGCUCUGCCUCGCCGUGGCGGCGCAGAAACGAGCCAUCGACGCAGCGCUGACUGACGGGAACGUGGAGACCAGAGUUUCGUCUGCAGACGUCUCAGCCAGUCAGCACGUGUUGGUCUGCUGCCUGCUGGAACUGGGAGGACUCGUACAGGGACUGGGAUCCACUGCCGCCCCCCUCCUCACGGACAGCAGCACAGCGCUCCUGGACACGGUGGUCUCCGUCCUCCUCCACCCCGUCUCCUCGGCCUGUCUGGCCGCUGCCUGGUGCCUGCGCUGCGUUGCCAUGGCAAUGCCUUCCCAGGGUUCCUUGCUGCUGGACCGCUGCGUUGAGCGGCUGGUGGCGCUGAAGUCUUCACCUGAAGCGGUGGCCGGGUACGGUGCCGCCGUCGCCGCCCUGGUGGCCGCAGUGCAGCACUGUCCCCUGGGAAUUCCACACACCAAAGGCAUGGUGGUCCUCGCUCUGGCUGAAGACCUGCUGCGUUCAGCGUCUCAGAACAGUCGGAUCUCUCUGCAGAGGACUCGGGCCGGCUGGCUGCUCGUCUCCUCGCUCGUCACCUUAGGCCCAGCUGUAGUGGAGCACCACCUGUCUCGCCUCCUCCUCCUGUGGCGCUGUGUGUUUCCUGCGUCUCUCAGGGAGCAGGAGAUGGAGCUGCGACGAGGGGACUACUUUACGUGGCAGGUUACGCUGGAGGGACGAGCCGGGGCGCUCUGCGCGAUGAAGAACCUGCUGCUGCACUGCAGGGAGCUCGUCACCGAUGACGUCAUCAGCCGCCUGCUCACGCCAUUGGCCUGCGCGGUGGCCCUGCUCACCAAGUUGCCGGCUCUCCUCAGGUCUUACAGCAGUUCAGUUCGUAGCUUUUCGGUCGUCUACAGACUGAGAGUGUACGAGCUGCUCUCUCUGCUGCCUCCACUCGACUACCAAGAGAGUUUCGGUUUGGUGAUGAACCAGCUGGUGACUGAUCUGUCGGGUCAGGACAACCUGAACCAGCCGUGUUCAGAGCUCACCCUGCUGCCCCCCCUCUGUCACCAUGACGACCUGCCGCUGGUGGGCCCCGCCCUCCACGACACGGACCACAGAUACAUCGAGGAACAGCUCCAUGGCAGCAGCGUGGGAGGCGGCUCUCUGGACAACGACGCCUUCAGUCUGUGUGAGAGGAGCGACGACGCUCCCGCUCCUCUUCCUCCCGCCAUCGCUCUGACCGCUGCUGCCGUCCGCCUCUUUGGAGCGCUCUUCCCCCACAUCAUCUCCGCUCAGAGAGUGAAGAUAUUGGAGCUGUUUGUGGACACAGUGAACCAGCUGAAGGGUCAACGGCAGCAGACCGUCCAGACACACGUCUGUGCUGCCCUCUGCAGUCUGCUCAAGCACCAGGGCGGUAUUCGGGGCUCUCUGGGGCCGGAGGAGGUGCGCUCUCCAGCGUUGUCCCUCCUGUCGGGGGCGCUGGAGAGCGGCAGUCCUCUGCUGCGCUGUCUGGCCGCUGAAGGUCUGGCCCGGCUGGUUCAGGUGGUCGGAGACCCCGGCUUCACCGUCUCCGUGUCCCUGCUCUGCUUCGACAGGCUGAAGACGGCUCGGGACGCAGCGUCUCGCAGCGGCUACGCUCUGGCUCUGGGGGCGCUGUACCGAUACACCGGAGGCAUCAGCUCACCUCAACACCUGUCCACCUGUCUGGGAAUCCUGUUCACCCUGAGCCAGGACAGCACCUCGCCCGAGGUCCAGACCUGGUCUCUCCACAGUCUGUCUCUGGUAGUCGACUUGUCUGGCGGUUUGUACCGCGCCCACGCUGAGCCGUCCUUUACCCUUGUGCUCCGGCUGCUGCUGUCGGCUCCACCCACCCACCCUGAGGUGCACCACAGCCUGGGACGCUGCCUGCACGCCCUCAUCACCUGCCUGGGCCCCGACCUGCAAGGUGACGGUGCGGCAGUGUCCGGUCUGCGCUCUAGCUGUCUGGUGGGAUGCGGAGUGAUGCAGGCCGGUCCAGACUGUCUGGUUCAGGCCAGAGCCAUUUCCUGUCUGCAGCAGCUGCACAUGUUCUCGCCACCACACGUCAACCUGGCGAGCCUCGUACCGGCUCUGUGUGAGAUCUUGUUGGAUUAUUCCCUGUUGGCCAACCUGUGCAGUUCGUACCUGUGUCUGCGGCGGGCCGUGGUGGCUUGUCUGCGGCAGCUCGUCCAGCGGGAGGCUCUGGAGGUGUCUGAACACGCGGUGACUCUGGUCAAAGAGCUGCCGAGACGAGACAACACACAGCUGGACGUCACCAUAAAGGAGGUGGGUCUAGAAGGAGCUCUGUUCACUCUGCUGGACCGGGAGUCAGAUCCAAGCCUGAGGAGGGACAUCCAGGAGACUCUGGUCCACAUGAUGGCGUCCAGCGCCACCAGCGGGAAACUGGGACACUGGCUCAAACUCUGCAAGGAUGUCCUGUCUGCAACCACCGACUGUCGGGCGCCGGUUGAGGCGAGUCAGGAGGACGAGGAGGCGGACCCCACCAGAGACGACGACUCCUCUGCUUUCAGAGCUCGGUCGGAGUCUGGCGGCCCGUUCACCGCCCUCCGCUGGGCCACGCGCCGCUUCGCUAUGGAGUGUGUGUGUCGCAUCAUUGCCCAGUGUGAGACCGCUGACCCGGCUCACUUCGAUAUGGCCCUGGCUCAGGAGCGACGCCUGCACGAGUCCACCGAUUUCCUCGUCCUCCAUCUCGGCGACCUGGUGCGCAUGGCCUUCAUGGCGGCGACGGACCACAGCGACCAGCUGCGGCUGGCGGGUCUCCAGACUCUGCUGGUGAUCAUCAGACGCUUCUCAGCCAUCCCCGAACCGGAGUUCCCCGGUCACGUGAUCCUGGAGCAGUACCAGGCUAACGUCGGAGCUGCUCUCAGACCAGCCUUCACUGCUGAUGCUCCUCCUGAUGUCACCGUCAAGGCCUGCCAGGUCUGCAGCGCCUGGAUCGCCAGCGGCGUGGUCAGUGACCUCCGCGACCUGCGGCGUGUCCAUCAGCUCCUGGCCUCCUCGUUGGCCAAAGUGCAGUCGGGGAGGGACACGUCCAGCCAGCUGUACAACGAGGCCACGGCUACAAUGGAGACACUGGCCGUCCUCAAGGCGUGGGCCGAGGUUUACAUCAUAGCCGUUCAGAGGAGCAGACAGAAGGAGAACUCCGACCCGUCAGUCUCCUCCCUCAGCUCCAGCUCCGAGUCGGGAGGCCUCCUGAAGUUGGUCCAAUCAGAUCUGUCGACACUGAGCCGUCUGUGGUUGGCGGCGCUGCAGGACUACGCCCUGCUCACCCUCCCGCAGGAGUACGCCUCCCAGCUACCAGCAACAGGAGGUUCUUUCUACACAGCGGAGACUGUGAAACAGGCCAGAGCUCAUUACUCCUCCUCCUGGGCUCCUAUCCUCCACGCCACCUCCCUCUGGCUCCACAGCACCGGUUUUGUGAUGUCAGACGACUCACCUGCCAACCUGUCCAGACCGGCGACGCCCACCUCCAUGGGUCACACCAGCUCUGUGGGCGGAGCCAAGAGUCCCGAGGACAUCAGCAGCGACAGACUGCAUCUGAUCCUGGGGAUCAGUGUGGAGUUCCUGUGUUCUCCGCACUCUGAGGACCAGAUGGAGAACAUCACUUCCUGUCUGCGAGCCCUGCAGGCGCUGCUGGACGUCUCCUGGCCCCGAGCUAAGAUCGGAAACGACCAGGCUCUGAGCGUGGAGCUACUCAGCGUCCUCCACAGGCUGAUGGUGACCAGAGAGUCGGUGUCCGUUCAGCUCGCCGUGUUGGAUUUGCUGCGACAGAUCGUGACGGCCGCUCAGGAGCACGUCAGGGAGAAACGCCACAGCGCCGAAGUGGACGACGGUGCAGCGGAGAAAGAGACGCUGCCAGAGUUCGGUGAAGGACGGGAUACCGGCGGUUUGAUUCCGGGACGCUCGCUGGUGUUCGGAGCACUGGAGCUCUGCCUCUGUGUGCUGGUCCGGAAACUUCCACAGCUCAGCCCCAAACUGGCUGGAACCAGCCCGACUGGUCCUGGAGGUUCAGUCUGGAGUUUGACCGACAGCGACUGUCAGCUGGUGUCUUCAGCUCUGUGCGUCCUCUCUGAUCUGCCGUCUGUCUGCUCCCCAGAAGGCAGCGUGUCCAUCCUCCCCACAGUCCUCUACCUGCUGCUGGGAGUCCUCCGAGAGUUGGUCCACCAGCCCAGCACACAGACUGGCUCGGCGGGCGGUGGCGGUGGCGGUCUGGGUUCGGUGGUUCAGGCGGCUCUUCAGGCUCUGAAGUCCGUGGUGACGUCUCCGAUGAGCCGGCAGGAGAAGAGCAGAGGAGCCUGGAUCCUGCUGCUGAGAUCAGCUCUGAACACCCUGCUGGGACUCUGGGACUCUGGAGACUCCGGCGUGGAUCAGAUCAGCCUGCUCACAGCUCUGACCGUCUUCCUGCUGUCUGCUGGUCCCGACGUCUGCACCGUUGAGCCGCUGCACGCGCUCUGUCUGCAGCGCUUCAACGCCAGCAUGGACGCCAAAGACCCGCUGGUUGUGAGUCAGUGCUAUCAGCUGCUGUCAUCGGUGUUUCAGGGUCCGCCCGGCGUGGCCGUCCCGUACAUCCAGGCGCUCGGACCGCCACUGGUUCGAUUCCUGCAGAACGCGGAGAGGAGUCGUCCUCAGAGUCCGGAGGAGCUGAUGGGAGUCCUGGAGGGAGUCCGAGCCAUGGAGGCUCUGGUCCAGGCUGCAGAGGAGUCACAGCGUGCUCAGCUGGUGGCCAUCUUGUUGCCCCUCCUCAUCUCCUUCCUCCUGGAUGAGAACGCUCUGGGCUCCGCCCCCGCAGCGUCUCGGUCUCUCCACGAGGCGGCGCUCAAAGACCUGAUGCGUCUCGGCCCGCAGCACUCCGCCGUCUUCAGGUGUCUCAUCGCGUCCUCUCCUCACCUGAAGUCUCGCCUGGAAGCCGCCGUCAAAGGAAACCAGGAGAGUCUGAACGCUAAAGCCAGCGGCGCUAACCCCGCCCGCAGCGCUGCCAAGUCGUCCCCCAGCAUCACGCUCAAAACCAACUUCCUGUGAGAGGCCUCGCCACGACACCGCAGCAUGGAGGUGUCACCGUGCUGCGUUCACUGUCCCCUGGGACCAAUGGUACCGUUGUUGUCUGAGGUUUUAAUGAGUUUUAAUGUUAAUGAUAUUUGAUGUCAUCAUGAGUCUUCCAACAUGGCGGCGUGUUUCCUCCGUACACGCUGUCCCUGAAUCUCUCAUCGCCGUUCUUUUUAGAACCAGAAGGAACCGGUUCUGGUGCUUUUACUUUUUAAGAUUUUCUUAUUGGAAGUCGCUGCUGUCCGAUAAUCCGCCGCCGUCGGUGCGUGCUGAGGAAACGAGCACGGUGCAUUCAGGUUCCUGAUCGUUACGUCUCACCUCUGAGCGGUCCUUGAAUGCACCAUGAAGGAGACAUAGAACCUCCAGUGAUCUGACGCUGAGUAAACGCUGAACAAUGAAGGGUUUAAAAUAAGAUUAAAUUAGUUCGAAGAGCUGAAAGUUUAAUCCUCAACCACGAUUUCAACAAGUGAUUAAUUCAUUAAAGUGAUUGAUCAGCUGGAAGCUAAAGAUGAGACUGAAUGUUACAGUCUGAGUGAUUAGAGCAGAUUUAUUAAGCUAUAACAUCUCUGGUUCUCUGCCAGCUGAUUUUAAUAAAUGAACUAACGGUUAUUAUUAUGGAUUGAUUGAUUUCUCCAUGAAUCAUGAACUGAAGGCAGCGAGUGUCUGGAGGGAAGGAAGUCUGUGAUCAACUGAUGAUCUGGUAAAUAGUCAGCAGGGAUCUGAAAGGUUUGUUUUUAGUUCAGUAUAUUUUUAAUGUUUUAACUUUUACUCCAGAUGUUUUAUAGAUCGUCACUGUUAAAGGUCCAGUGUGUCCCAGUGAGGAGGAUCUAUUGUCAGAAUAUAAUAUCUGAAGGUUUGUUUUCAUUAGUGUUUAAUCAGCUGAACAGAAGAACUGUUGUUGGUUACUUUAGGAUGAGUUUUAUCUACAGAGGGAGCGAUUCCUCUCUCUGGAGUCCGCCGUGUUUCUACAGUAACCCAGAGCAGACAAACACUGACUCUGGAUAAGGACUCUAGUGUUUGUCCCCGCCGCCGUAGUUUCUCCUACAGGCUCGGAAGGCCGAGCUGUAUUCAGUUGGUUGUAAUCUGCAACUUCACCGUGAGAUGCCUCUAAAUGGUACACACUGGUCCUUUAAUGUUCAGUGUCCAUGUUUUAUCUCCAGAUAGCAAAAAUAAAAGUCUGAAUAAAACUGGUAUGUGAUGGAGGCAGAAGUCGGGCAGUGACUGAUGCAUCAAGUAUCUCUCAAUCUUCCUUAUUUCCACAAUUCCAACAGUUUAUGGAGCGGAAAUAUUUAUGUACACUGUGCAGAAGUAACACAUUGGUAUUAGCAUAAAGUGUAAGGAUCCCUUUGACCGGUUUUAUCACCUAAACUGAGUCAUUAUUUAUCUCCCCUCCCGACACCUUCCAUCCUCUAGUUUCAUAUGAUACCAGUACCUUCCCUCUACAGCUACAACGUCUGAAAGACUAGGAAUAAUGGGGUGGCGCCGCCCCGACUUUAAUCUCAGAAUGUUUCCAGUAGGCUCUCUCUGACACUCAGACUCCGCCCGCCUGGCACAACGAGUACAGUUAAACAAACAGCAGUUACACAGUCUGUCCGUCAGAGGGAAUAUUCUGUCAAUAUUCUGCUUUUACUUUGAAAUAAUUCUCUGUUUACUUCCUGGUUUAAGUCUGAAGUCGGCAGUAGAAUGAGCUUCUUCCUCCUCUGUGGCUAACAGUGAACAGGGGUCAAAGGUCACGUCUUCCUUUUACCGAGUGAGUCUGAAAACAAACGAGCGAUGAAAAACGUUUUUAUGUUUUUUGUGUGAAUUUGUUGGUUUUAAUGUCGUCUGACAAAUCACAUGAAAACACAACCUGAUUGUUAUUAUGUACGGCGGCCUGUGAGGGACAAUUUUAGUCGUCAGCACUUUAGUUUAACAACACUACAAUGUCACGUGUUAUCGGUACCAACCCUCCACCUGGACCCCGUCUGUGUGCGGGUGGGAGGAAGUGAAGACAGAAUGUAAGUUUGGGUUCAUGUGAAUGUUCAUAUCAGAGAAAAUCUCAGUGUCAAUCAAACACUGAAGAUUUAGCUGCAAUAGGUGUGUGAGCUCACCUGGCUCUGUGCACUGUACAGGUGAGCUGCAGAGUGUGUGUGAGCUCACCUGGCUCUGUGCACUGUACAGGUGAGCUGCAGAGUGUGUGUGAGCUCACCUGGCUCUGUGCACUGUACAGGUGAGCUGCAGAGUGUGUGUGAGCUCACCUGGCUCUGUGCACUGUACAGGUGAGCUGCAGAGUGUGUGUGAGCUCACCUGGCUCUGUGCACUGUACAGGUGAGACCCGAGUGAGUGAGUUAACAUGUUGUUUUCUAACGGAAUAAAAAAAACCUCAUUUUCUUCUAA